AACCCUCUUAUUGUCUGCCCAUUUGAUUAGAAUGGCGGCCAGUUUGUGCUGUUAUCCUGGGAGGAGGAGGGUAUUUUGUACAAAAAUUUUAGGGUGGUUAUUAUUAUCCAUUUGCAUUGAUCAAGAAUAUUUAGCUGUCGGCUCAACCUGCAAACCCUCCUUAUCUUGAUUUCGCAAAAGUUCAACAAAAAACAGCGCCAGAUAUUAUUAGCAUAAACACCUUUCUUGAUCAUGACCGCCACCACUCCUCCUCCUGCAGUGCUGACUAUUGCAGGCAGCGAUAGCGGCGGUGGCGCCGGAAUCCAAGCCGAUCUCAAGACAUUCAUGGCCCACGGCACUUACGGUCUCUCGGUCAUCACCGCAAUCACAGCGCAAAACACACAAGAGGUACGCUCAGUCAUGCCCAUUCCCUCUCUGGUAGUUCAACAGCAGCUAGAAGCCGUUCUCGAUGACAUCCCCGUGCAGGCUGCCAAAACCGGCAUGCUCGCCGAUGCCUCUGUGAUCCGCACAGUCGCCAAUAUAUGGAGGCAGCACCGCGAUAUUCCUUUGGUCAUUGACCCUGUCAUGGUGGCUACCAGUGGCCACGAGCUCUUGGAUACACAGGCCCUGGACACGCUGCGCGAAGAAUUGCUUCCACUGGCGACAGUGCUGACUCCCAAUUUGUGCGAGGCAGAGGCUAUUCUUGAUCGUCCCGUGGGAUCCAUAGCCUCAGUCAAACAGAUGGAGGUGGCAGCGCGCGAGCUCUCUGCUCGGUUUGGUAUUCCAGUUACCAUUGUUAAGGGUGGACACCUGGAAGAUGGCGGCAAAGCCGUUAUUGACGUGGUCUAUUUGGCUGACGAGGAUACCUGUGUGCGGGUUACUGGACCGCGUAUCAAUUCUGAGAGCACACACGGGACAGGGUGCACAUUGAGCGCGGCCAUUGCGGCCAACUUAGCGACAGGCAUGGGCCAUUUAGCAGCCGCGCAGCAUGGCAUCCACUACGUCAACAUGGCCAUUCAGACCGCAUAUCGCGUGGGCAGUGGCGCGCAUGGUCCGGUCAACCAUGCACACACUUUGCACAGGUCCCUGUUCUCUUCUCCAACGCUGCACGCACCGCACCCGUUCACCAAGUACCUCAAGGAGCGUUCAGGCGCGCUUUGGACACGGUACGUUAACCACGACUUUGUGCGCCAAGCCGGGACAGGGUCACUCCGCCGUGACUGUUUCAUUCACUACCUCAAGCAAGAUUACAUAUACUUGAAACACUACGCGCGCGCUGCGGCUCUCGCCGCAUUCAAGUCUGACUCUCUUGUCGAUAUUGGUGCCUCCGCCGACAUUAUUUUUGGAUGUGUGCGCGAGAGCACCCUGCACCUCCAACUGUGCGCCCAAUGGGGAAUCACACGCGAGCAAAUGGAAAACGAGCUCGAGAGCAGCACUAGCGUAGCUUACACACGCUACAUCAUCGACCGCGGGCUAUGUGGCGACUUGCUCGAGUUGCUGGUUGCCAUGUAUCCGUGUUUGUUGGGAUACGGCGAGGCUGCUGCGAGGCAGGCUGCUGACCUAGACUCGGUGUCGGAGAACAAUCCGUACUGGCCAUGGAUAUGCGCAUACGCAGACGAUGAGUUCCAAAGCGUUGUAGAUAAGGGACGCUGUGUCAUUGAGGAGCUGGUGCAGAGGGAGAUGCCCUCGGCUGCGCGAUUGGAGCGCUUGGUCAAGACAUUCAACGACACAGCGGCGCUGGAAAUACAGUUUUGGAACUCAGCGCUAGAGUACAGAGGGUAAUAAAAAUGAGCAUGGUACGCAUAUUUGGGCUCGUUUGAAAGCCAGUGUUGCGCAGCAUUUAAAAACGCAUAUUGUUUUAAAAUGGCAUGGUAAGACCUGAAUCAAUAUUUAAAAUACAUUAAUAAACGUAAUUUAACCUUGGCC